GGGAUUUUCCAGGCAACAGUACUGGAGUGGGAUGCCAUUGCCUGUGUUGUUUAUUACUGUCCAAAUACAUGAAGUUCUGAUGAAAUAAAAUCAUAUGGUACAGAUAAAAACAGGCCAUGAGAGCCCAGAGUUGUUUUAGGGCAAAAUGGCAGACCACUUAACAGUUCACAUUUUAGGAAUUCAAAAUGCUUAGAAAUUGAUAAGGUGGUUUCUGAAAAAGAAAGAGAAGGAAAAAAAGACGAAAAGGAGGGAGGGAGGGAAGAUACGGAAACCAUUGAGGAAAUGUUAGCUCACGAGAAAGCCUGACUUAGAAGUGACAAACGCAUAAAAAAAAACUGCAUAAACUUUGGAAGCACUCAUUUUAUAAAAGGGUUUCUGCUAGUCACGAGGAGCUGAUAUCAUCAUGAAAGGAUUUAGUGCUUUUCUAGAUAUGAGGAGAUGCAAGGAUUGGGAUCAUGAAAUCAGUUCCUAAAAAUAUGUCUCAAGACCUCUUAUACCAGUAGGGUGCCUCACUCUCCACCCUGAAUUCCCUUCAGGGAACGUCGGAGGUCAGCAACUGCAGCAGCAUUGGCAGAUGGCGAAUGCCCUUGCUGUUCAGUCGCUGGCAAAUGCUCGUGACAAGUGCCAAUUUGUAGUUGACAAAUCCAAGAACGGUUUCAAAUAGAUGGUGCUCUGUACAAAUCAAGGAGAAAAUAUUUAUUUUAGAAUUAUUUUGCUGCCUCAUCCCAUUCACUUUAAGAAAAUGGUUACUCUCUUAUGUUUGUAUGUCAUCCAUGCUUAUAAAUUUUACAACGGGCGUAAUUACAAGUUUUUCUUUCCAGCAGUUUCUCAUGUUACAAUACUCCCCCCCAGUCUUCCUUCAUUUUUCUUUGCUGAUUGUGGUUAGCCUCCAGGCUCUGGUUUGAACAGGCCAGGGUUUGACUCCUGCUUCUAGUUCACUCACUCACUGCCGCUUCUGGCACAUGGUAAAAAAUACCAACUUACGGGAUUGUUGGGAGGGUUAAUGGGAUGUCAGUUUUCAGUGCCCCACAACUGGUAGCUGUCGUUUUUGACUUUACCAGGAGAAUCCUUGAUCAUGAACAACUCAUUGCCUUAACCUUUUUUCCUGCUUCAGCAUAUGAGAUAAUGCCUCUGCAAACCAGUACUCCAGGUGUAGUAGGCGUUUGGAUCUUGACCCUGUAUCUAAGGCUUUUCUUCCUCUUUCACCCGUUUGGUGUGUUCCUCCUCUUCGUGUGCGCCAGGCAAAACAGGGAGGCUGUGUUGAAGCCACAACGGGCUGCACGGAGGGAGUAGAUAACCGGUCUAGGCCCGCAGGGUCAUCGUGGCCUGUGAUCUGAAAGAACGGGGGUGUAGAGAUGGGUGGAGCAAAGCGGAGGAGGGUGCACACGGGAAUGAUAAAGAAAAAACAACCAAUUUAGGUCCUAAGUCCACCUAGGCAAUGAGGGUCAAAAAGAGAAAUCUCUUCCAUCCUCCUUCAAUCUCUCCUCGGGAAGGAGGACAAACGCCUAAGGAAGCCCCCACACGACGCCUCUGAGCCCAACCCCGCAGGGGGCCCUUAGGGAACUCGCGAUCGAGAUUAGACCUCCGAGCUGCCUAGAUGGCCCCGGAAGUGCGCGCCGAGGAACCCGCGUUUCCGGUCUCCCUGGAGGCCGUGGUUGCGGACGCUUCCGCUAUCGGCCAGCGGAGGGCUGGCUGCCCCUCCCCUGUGUCGGGUUCUGAAGACUUGUAGAGAAGACUUUGGCCUUGGAGCGGCACCGGGGUUUGGACCCAGUCCAUGGAGAAACCGCCCGAGCAGAUGUCCCUGGAUUCCCCGUGUCCAUCCCCCGAGCAGGAGCCUCGAAAGACCAAGGAUGGUGAGACCUGGACUGAGGAUCAAUUAAUUAUAAAGCAGAAAACUCUUGAAGUAGGGACACGACCACAUGAAGCAGAUGAAUGUGAACAAAACAAACAUGAGGGACCUUAUGAAUAUGGGCGAAACUUCAGUAAUAUGUCAGACUUCAUCCAGCAGUCAUAUGUUCUUAUUGAAGAGAAAUCUCAAAUGUGCAAUGUUUGUGGGAAAUUAUUCAGGCAGAAUGCAUACCUUAUUCAGCAUAAGAAAAGCCACACGCAAGAGAAGCCUUACAAGUGUCAUGUAUGUGGAAAAGCCUUUGGCCAUAGUUCAAAUCUGUCUCAGCAUCAAAGAAUUCAUACUGAGGAGAAACCCUAUGAAUGUGAUGAGUGUGGGAGGGCCUUCCGGCGCAGCUCACACCUCAUCCAGCAUCAGGUCACCCACACAGGAGAGAUGCCUUACCUGUGUAACGAGUGUGGAAAAGCCUUUGGCCGGAGCUCAAGUCUCCUCCGACAUCAGAGAAUCCACUCUAGGGAGAAACCCUAUGAAUGUACCGAAUGUGGAAAGGCCUUCAGCCAGAGCUCACAUCUAACAGAACAUCAGCGAGUUCACACCAAAGAGAGACCCUACGAGUGCAGUGACUGUGGGAAAGCUUACAGUCGGAACUCACACCUUGUUGAACAUCAGAGGGUCCAUACAGGAGAGACUCCUUAUGGCUGUAAUGAGUGUGGGAAAUCUUUCAGUAGGAGUUCACUGUUUUUCAAACAUCACAGAAUUCACACUGGAGAAAGACCCUAUGAGUGCAGUGAAUGUGGGAAGGCAUUUAGUUGCAACUCCUACCUCAUUCAGCACCAGAAGACUCACAGUGGAGUAAAAUCUUCCAAACGUAAAGAAUGUGGGAAAACCUUCAAGCAUAGUUCAUACCUUAUUCAUCACCUGGGAACCCAUACAAGAGAGAAACCAUAAAUGAAGUGAAGGUGGUAAAGCCUUUGGUCGGAGUUCAGCUCCGACAUCAGAGAACUCGCACUGGGGAGAAAACCUUUGCCUGUAGAGAAUGUGGACUGUCUUCAGUCAUAGUUCACCUCUUACUAAGACCUGAGAAUCCACACAGUAGACAAAUAUCUUAUGCAUUCAGUGCAUGAGAACCUUUAGAUAGAGUUCCUGCCUUACUCAGCAUUGGCCAGUUCAUGUUGGGGGAAUGGUGGGUAUGGGGAGAGCCUUGCUGUGUGUCAGAAAGGGGUGCAAAAGGGGUAGAAUGACACCAUGGAGGGGAUGACUGAAAUGGAACUUUUAGUUUGCACUACUUUUUUUUUUUUUAAGAAAGCUUUUUUUAUUGCUGUGUAGCAUAUGUGCAGUGAAUGUACUCACAGCAUAACGAAUUCUCCCAUAUGUGUGCUCCCGUGGAGCCACCCCCGAGAUCAAGAUUUAGAACCCUUCCGUCACUCCAGAAAGCGCCCCCCUCUAUCCCCUUUCCCAGUUGUGCCCCUUUGUGCAGCUAGAGGUAACCUCUGUGCCAGGUUCUCUCAAGAAAGGUUAGUUUUGCCUGUUCUAGAAUGUUCCACGAAUGGAGUCACAAGGAGGCUUUUGUGUCUGCCUUCUUUCACUCCGCAGAACGUCUGUGACAUUCGUCCAGGUUGGAGCAUGUGGCAGUACUUUCAAUAGAAUGUUCAAUUUUAGUCUGAGUGGGAUGCAAACCAUGGGAUGGCUUUGAGCAGAGGAAUGACGUGCACUCAUCUGCAUUUUGAACGGCUCUCCUUGGCCCUGUGACGGUGGAGCUAGGAGGAGACCAGGCUGGGGCUUGCGUGGGUUUCCCAGGGCUGCUGUUACAAUGACCACAAGCUGGGUGGCUUAAAAAACAAAAUGAUUCUCUCACACUUCUGCAGCCCGAAGUCUCAAAUCACGGUGUCAGCAGGGCUCUGCUCCCUUCAAAGUCCCCUGGGAAGGACCUCGCCUGUGCUCUUCUAGCUUCUGGGGGCCUCACAUGUUUCUGCCUUGUGAACCAGACCUUCAGUCUCUGGCUCCCUCUUCACUUGGCUGCCAUCUCUGUGUCCUGUCCUCCUCUUUUAAGGGCACUGAGCUAGUUGAUUUCAGGCCUACCCUAAUCCAGAAUGAGAAUGACCUCAUUUUAAUUUAACUAAUUAUAUCUGUGAAGACCUUAUUUCAAAAGAAGGUCACAUUUUGAGAUUCCAGGUGGGCAGGGCACUUGGGGGGACAUGAUUCAACCCCCUUCGAGGGCUGCUGCAACCAUCCAGGCAAGAGAUGACAGUGGUGAAGAUGGGGUGGUAGUGGUUUGAGGGCUCCAUUACCCAGUCAUAUCCGACUUUGUGACCCUAUGGACUGUAGCCUGCCAGGCUCCUCUGUCUGUGGAAUAUUCCAGGCAAGAAUACUGGAGUGGGUUGCCAUUUCCUUCUCCAGGUAGUUUGCACUACUUUUUAUUUGAUCUUGAGGAUCUACAUCAGAGAGAGAUUCUAUGGUUUGUUUUUCAAAUCUCUACAGUCAUCCUCUGAAAACAGGAUGAAUUAGGUCCAUUCCAGGGAAGAACAAAUUGGGGAUUCAGACUCAUGGAUCAGGAAAGCAGCAGGAUGACCCUUGAAACCAAUAGUUUCCUUCUAUCUCACCUGUCCUGUUGGUUGUUACUGUACAUGGAAGUGGCUCUUGGGUUUUCUAGGACCACCAUUUUCGCUCCUCAGUAUCCUGCAGACUACUGAAUCUCUCUUUGUUUUAUAUGUUAUAGAAGCUUUAAAUAAAUGGGCCAAUUUUCUAAGCCAAAUAAUUUCUCAGUAUCAUGUCAUGGGCUUUGCUAUGUGUAGAAUCCAGUAGACUGAACUGCAUGUGUCAGACUUCCCCUUUCUUCUGUUUUUCAGUCUGUUUGGGCUCUCAGGGAGAUUCUUGGGAGAGUUAGAGGGCAGAAGAGAGGCAGCAGUGAUUUUGUAGCUCACAUGUGAUAUUGUUGCUGAUCUGUUGACUCACUUCACUGGGGCUGGGCCUGAAACUAGUCUGCCUUCCCCUGGAUUCUUCUUUGCCUUUAUUGGGCCAGGUGUGUGUGUGUGUGUGUGUGUCUGUCUGUCUGUCUGUCUGUCUCAUCAUGAUUCUCCUUCUCUGAUUGAAUUCUAGUCAUACACAUGCUUUGCUCUCAUAUCCUUAAAUUUUUUUUUCACCAGUUGCUGUUAUCUUUGUAACUGCCAUUCACUUAGCACGGGGCACUGCUUCUGCUCCAUUGAAACUGAUUAUAUCCAGGUUGCCAGUGGCUUAGCUAAUUAAUCCACUGGACACUUUUCUUUAGCCCUAAGUUUUUUGACCCAGGCUAGAUGGAAGGAGUGGUGGGAGGGACCUUUGCACUGGGAGUGGAACCAGCUAUUGGGUGGCGGCCCUACGAGCCUGCUUAUUGAUGGGUUCUGGUUGUGUUAUAUGCAGUAAAACUUCAAUUUGGGUAACUUGGGUUUUCCCUUUAGAGCAUGGGACCAGGGAAGCACAGAACCCAGGGGAAUCAGAACUCUAAAGGUUCUAGCUCCAGCUCACAGGCUCUUCACCGACUUUUCCAGCAGACAGUUCCCUCCUCCCUUGUCUGUCCCUCUACUCUAGACCUGGGAAAGCAUGAAAAUGCUUCCUGAGGAGAUGAUACUUAAAUACACUUUCUAAAUUUCUGAUACUUAUAAACACUUUCUCAAUUUCUUAUCCUGGGAGGGGCUGGCUUGGCAGUUCCUAGCCAUACCUUGAAUACAGCCUUGGGUCCCCCGCAGAGAGGCAUUUCCUAUGCUGUGGUUGAAGAGGUAAGAGUCUUCGGGCAAAAGGAGAUAGGAGGAGGAGGAAGACAAAUUUCCACAAUGGCAUCCAGAAGUGACUGUUUUCAUCCCCACAAAAGCCCAUCACAGCCCUCAUGUUGAAAUCAACAAGACCGUUCUCAUCUCAGCUCUGCCCACUGACUUCUCCAGCCCUCUGUGGCCA